UGUGUUGAGCUGAGGCUGUCGCCCGGUCAACCACACUACCAUUUCAACCCCUUUGCCCUGUUCAACGAUAGCAAACUAGUGCACCCGCACCCUUGUUCCAUUUGCUAGCGGUAUAUAUGCUCAGAUUAAUUCUCCCCCCUCAAGAACCAUCCGAGUAAAGAAGACAAUCACUUCGAGGCGAGAAGAGAAAGGUGAGGACUCGGGACAGGAGAGAGAUACAGAGGGGGGGCCAUGAAGUCUAACCGGAACCUGUCGAGGGGGGAGGGGAGGAGGCUGGGGAAUGUGGCACUGAUAGCCUUCAUGCUGGGAUCCCUCCUGCUGCUCUCCCUCGUCAGGGCAAGGUUCUCCCCAAUUGGCAAGACAGGGGAGGCCAUCAAAGCAGAGGAGCAGCAGGCAAUGAGGAAGGAGAGUGUCAAGAUGGAGACCCUUGACACCGCCGAUGACGGUGCAGCUUCAGCUGCAGCAGAGGAGGAGGAAGAGGAGACUCAGCUCAAGCCCACCGACACCUCAGGCAGCGGCGGCGUAAGCCGCUCCUCCGUUGCUGUUGCGGACGCCGCCACUGACCAUCUGGUGCUGCGCAAGCCGGUGUGCUACGAGACGAGCCGCCGGUCGGACACGUGUGAGGCCGCCGGCGACGUCCGCGUGCAGGGGCGCACCCAGACCAUCCACAUCAGCCCGCUGGAGCAGGAGUGGAAGGUGAAGCCGUACUGCCGGAAGCACGACGCGUUCGCGCUGUCCCACGUCAAGGAGUGGGCGCUCCGGCCGCUCUCCGGCGACGCGCCGCAUUGCACGAUCAACAGCUCGGCCACCGCGUUCGUGCUUUCCACCGGCGGGUUCACGGGCAACCUGUUCCACGACUACACGGACGUCCUCAUCCCGGCGUUCAUCACCGCCCACCGCUACGCGGGCGAGCUGCAGUUCCUGGUGAGCAGCUUCAAGUCCUGGUGGACGAACAAGUACCUGCAGAUCUUCCAGCAGCUGAGCAACCACGAGGUGGUCGAUAUCGACAACGACGACGAGGUCCGGUGCUACCGGAGCGUGGUUGUCGGGCCGACGUUCCACAAGGAGCUCGGCGUGGACGCGUCCAAGACUCCGUCCGGUUACUCCAUGGUGGACUUCCGCGCGAUGCUGCGGGGCGCGUUCGGGCUGGAGCGCGCGACGGCCACGCCCAGCGGCGACCAGUGGGACAUCCGGCGCCGCCCUCGCCUCCUGAUCAUCUCGCGCCGGAGCUCGCGCAGGUUCCUGAACGAGCGCGCCAUGGUGGACAUGGCCAUGAGCCUCGGGUUCGACGUGCGCGUGGGCGACCCGGACAUCAGCACGGACGUGUCCAAGUUCGCCCGGCUGGUGAACUCGGCGGACGUGAUGGUGGGCGUACACGGCGCGGGGCUGACCAACAUGGUGUUCCUCCCCGCGGGCGCCGUGCUCAUCCAGGUGGUGCCCUACGGCGGCCUGGAGUGGCUCGCCCGCGGCACGUUCAAGGAGCCGUCGGCCGACAUGCAGAUCCACUACCUCGAUUACAUGAUCCAGCUGGACGAGACGACGCUGAGCGAGCAGUACCCCAAGGAUGACCCGGUGCUCAAGGACCCCUCCACGAUCCACAAGCAGGGAUGGAACGCGCUCAAGACGGUGUACCUGGACAAGCAGGAUGUGAGGCCUCAUUUGGGCAGGCUGAAGAACACAUUCACAGAGGCCCUCAAGCUGCUGCCCCAUGGGCAGAGCAACUAAGUUUUGCGCAGCUAGCAGCUAGCCAUGGAGGUGAUCUGAUAGUCAAAUGGAGGCAAUCGUCAAGAACGUCAUGUUUGUUUACCAUGUGAUUACCUUCAAAUGGAUGGAUUAUAGGUAGAUAGGGGGUUGGCGGUGGUAAUCUUUCAUUUGUUCUGUUCCUUUCUUUGCCUGUAGCAAGGUUGAGCUUGUUUGUUAUCGCCGCUGUACAAAUGCAUAGCACAUCAGUGAUGUUUUGUUAAUCGCUAUAGCUUAUGUGCAGAUAAAGGUUGAGCUAUAAAAUUGGCUUCAAACA